CUCCGUAAAGCUUCGAUAUCCUCGACGGAAGCCAUUUUUCAUUUGGGCAGUUCCUUCAAGCUAUCCAGGCUUACCCAGGGCUUCGCUGCCAUCGUAGGUCCUGGCACUGGCUUCCAACUGUGUGAAGUCGGCCACGCCAUCUUGCGUUUGGGUGCUGGUUGCAGUCUAUAAGGCGCGAGGGGUACACUGGGAAACCGGAAGUAAGCCAAAGCUUCGGAAGCUUGGUCUGCCGCCUUUUUAGUCUGAGCUUUCACAUCCAGGUUCUAGUCCACCAGUGACCCUGGACAGUAAUAAAGCAUAUAAAGCCCGAACCCACCUCCCGCCACCAUCAUAGGUUCUUGUACCUCAUGUGGAAACCAUGGCAUCUAAGAAAUUUGCCAUUAAAUGUGGGAACUUUGCAGUCCUGGUGGAUCUUCAUAUAUUGCCACAAGGUUCAAACAAAGAUUCCAGUUGGUUUUCUGAACAGAAGAAAGAGGAAGUUUGUUUGCUGUUAAAAGAAACCAUUGAUUCCAGAGUUAAGGAGUACGUGGGCAUUUAUAAACAGCACAGGCCAUCAGAUGCAGAAUUCACAAGAUCCAGUCCCUUGUCCUUAAAAGGUUAUGACUUUCAGAUCACAGCUUAUUUCCUCAAGAGAGGGAUACACCUUCGCUGUAUCCAAAGCUCCAGGAAUACUGAACUUCGUAUAUUUCCUGAGAGAUUCGUGGUGUGUGUUAGUCAACUUGCAUUUAGUCAUGAUACUUGGCCAAAGCUAAAUGAAAAAUCGACAAAAAAAGCCUUCCAUGGACUGUCUGAUUAUUUUGCUGAGUGUGCAAAGAGUUCCCCUUCUCCUGGUACAAAGCUCAAGAGGAACGCUCUGAAGGAAAUUGUGAGAAGAACUGAAUCAAAAGGCACUGAUGUGAGCAAACCACCGCCCAGCGGGAACCUCGUGGGAAGAUCUAGUGACUCAGUUAUUACUGCAGUACCACAGACAAGGGAUGCCUCAGCCAUUCUCCUGUCAGAAUCUGUGGGUCAAGCACAAGAUGACAUAAGAGCAGCCAAGAGCCACCAGGAGCUUCCUGUUCAAAAGCUGGAAAAUGUUUCUCAGACUCAGCCAGGAGACACUCACAGCCAGCAGCAACUUCAUCCUGGGGAGUGGUUAAAGAUGGGGCUUCUAAGCAGGAGCCCUGUGUACAACUAUGAGUCAGCAUCACCAGGUCCAAAGCAAAGUCCGAGAGCAGCCAAGACACAGCAGAAACGCAGGAAUUGUGGCUCUGUGGAAGACGCUGACCACCGCAGGAGAGUUUCUCUUGGAAGUGAAGGAUUAGUCCCUGAGGACCAGGCAGGGGAAAGGAGCACAGCUGGCAGGGUUUUGCCAGCCUUAGAGUUGUCAGAUCCUGGGUUGCUUUUGAAACAAGAUUUGGCAAAAGCCACAGCUAAGGAAGAGUUACAUGCUUUGGAAAAUCUCUCCUCCAGACAUCUUAUGACAAACAACCCAAGGCAGGCACAGCAAACCAGUUCAGCUGCAAUUACUGAAAGAUUAGCUACAGUUCAGGGCGGCCCCAGCAAGAAAAGAAAGAAAUUGCAAAGUUACAGCAGAGGAUGUAGUAGCAAGAAAAACUGAGUAUACAGUACCUGGGGUACUGGAAGAAAUUAGGGCAGUUACUUUAAAUAAAGAGAUAGUUAGGACCUGGAGUUAUGUCUCAGCUUUUAAGAGCACUUAGUGCUCUUGCAGAGGACCCAGGUUAGGUUCCAAGCACAAGGUGACUCACAACCAUCUUCACUCCAGAUCCAGAAGACCCAACACCCUCUUUGACCUCCAUGAGCACCAGGCAUGCCCAUGGUAGGCAUAUAUACCAGGCAAAACACACAUACACGUAAAUCUUUUUGUAAAACUGUUUGUGUUGGAAUUGGCCUUCACAGUCACCUCCUAGAGGCUGUUUUCCUAACAGGCUUGUUACUGUCUCAUCAUAUUUAUAACUGUCUCCAGAAAAUACUGUGUUGACAAAGAGCCAUCCACUGGUCAAGGAGUAAACUAUGUAUCUAGGACCCCAAGGAGAAAUCAGUAAUGUUGGUGGCCUUCUCACCCCAUCACUAUGAAGACCUCCUGAUGGAAGACAGAGAGAGAGAGAAAGAGAGAGAGAGAGAGAGAGAGAGAGAACAAACCAGGUACUGUGGGCCAGUUCUUGGGCUGCAGUUCUCUUACUCCUCAAACUGAGUAGCUGACCAUUAAGAGUUUAAGUCAGCAGUGUCAGCAUGUGGUUCUGUGAAGAAUGCAGGUAUUGGGGUCUCAGACUUAUGGAAUGAGGAACUGUGAUUCUGAAAUAGACUACAGUUGAAAACAGUUCCCUAGAACUGACUUCCUACAGCCUAGUUACCAUGGCUCCCAUCAGCUGGGCCAACCUGUGAAAAUGUACACCCCUGUACUUCCUUCAGAUUUGUAAAGUAUUUAGAUUGGAUUUGGUGUGUGAGUCACUUUGUUCCCAGGUUCUACUAUAGGACGGACACAAUGCCUAGAGGGCUGUUCCAUCUGUAGUUGCCAGAAAUGUAGAGGUGAUUCAGCUCAAUCUUAGGUGAGGACAUGGGAGAGGUGUGUCCUAUGCAGCAUAAGUUUGACCCUGUCCCUGUUCACACCUCCCAUAUUCUGGUUACAUUGAAGACAGACCAGAAUCCAAACGGAGGGCAAUGGCCAUUCCAGCUCCCAAUUUGGAAAAUUUCCCAGGGUAUUUAAAUGUUCUAUUCAGCUGUGUAGCCAACUCUCAAGAAAGACAGGAAGCCAAAGUUGUCAACCUGGACGUUUCAUCUGGUCACUUCAACCUCAAAGGACCAGAAACUACUUGCUGCUGGUAUUUCUUUCCUUUCCCACCUAGUGUUUUGUUUUCUUGAGAGCUGAUUCUAAGAUGCUGAGUCCUCAAUGGAAACAUGAGUAGUCACCAUUGUACACUAAGAAGCAGCUCACUCAGAGCACAGAGGGUGCUUCCCUCUCCAGAGCGAAGAUACUAUGACCUGGAGCAGACGGGAUUUUAAUUGUUUAAUGGCUAAGGUCAUAUUUUGUACUUAAUUGUACGUACAAAGGAUGUGCUUUCAAGAAAUGUUUUACUUUCAAGUCUGUUCUAUUAUAUUAUAGGAAAUAGUGAUUAUUGUGACCAAUGAUUUAAAAAAAAUAUAGUCUGUUAGGGUUGUAGAUAGAUGUGGCCUUUGUCACAGCCUUCAUGCACAAUGGAUUUUAACAGGAUUAACAGAGCUCUAGGUUCCCACACUCUGCCAUAUGUUUAAGGAAUUUUGCCCUUAAUCAUUUUCCUUCAGCAUGUUUGAAACACCUUUCCAUCUCUUGUUUCUUGAAUGGUUUUACAAUUCUUUGAUUAUAUGGGUAAAGGGGGAAAAUUAAUCCCAAAUGCUUUGUUACUUAAUCAGGUAGGACAUUAAGUAUUGUCUACUGUUGGAAAUGGUAUGAGUUUUUAUAUUCUUAAUUACUGUAGCAAUUUGGCAUUUGAAAGUCUAAGACACUGUCAGGCUUGAUAGUCAAACCAAGUUCUUCAACCCAUUCAUCCUCCAAAUUAAAUUUAUAUUCAGGUCCCUGUGAUUGUGAUACUUAGAGGGAAUGUUCAUCCAGUUCCGUUGGUAACUAAACUCAAGACUUUUCUCAUUAUCUGAGAUGCUAAGCCACCUUCAUGUACUGUCAAAUGACAUUUUAAUAGAUGAAAGUUGGUUAGGUCUUUUUGUAUUUUCUUUCUUUCUCCCUCCUUCCCCAAUUUAAAAGCAUGGAAAAGCUGGCCUGGUGGGACAUGUCUUUAAUCCUAGCACUUGGGAGGCAGAGGCAGGUAGAUCUCUGAUUUGGAGACCAGACUAGUCUACAUAAUAAGUUAGCAGACAGCCAAAACUACAUAGUGAGACCUUGUCUCAAAACAAACAAACAAAACAGUAUAGGAAUAAUCUGUGAUUUUUCUUUCAUGAUUGCUUUCUUUGCCACUGGAGGUUAACUCACCAAGAUAUGCAUAUGACUUGUGAAGUGUAAAAAGGCACUUGGGGCUGGAACAGCUACGGAGUGUUGUUCCUUAUUUCAUUCUGAAGAAGUAUAGAAAUGUAUUUAAGUUUUAAAAAAAAAGAACAAGACUCAUGGGCCAUUGAUGAAGGGGGUGUUCUGCAUGUGCAGUGACCCCUAAGACACCAAUAAGAAAAAAAAAAAGACACAAAAAGUCACUGUAUUUUGAUGUUGGAAGAAUCUAGUUUAUCUCUGGAUGGACGACCUUCUCAAAAUGUGUAUCUUGGUGGUGAAGAUGGGGUCACAGUAUAAUUGUUUUAUGUUUGAUGGCAUGUUUUGAUUUCAGCAGAGAUUAUACCUCUCAUUGGCCUUUGACUUCAGAAAAAGCCCCGACUAGGGCAGACACAUAGGGAAGGAAACAUUUAUGCCCAAGAGAAUGACCUAGCAUCAGUAUCAGCCUUCAUGGUUUUUUAAGCUCCUUGGCAGGUCAUACUAUAAUACUUCCACAAAACGGUAGUGAAUGGCCCUCUGAAUAAUAAGCAACUUUUCAGGAGCCAAAACAUGCACUGUGCAGCAUGCUGGGACUGGAAUAUGGAAAUUGUUUUAAUUUCUUCUUUUCUCUUAUGAGGAAAUCACUGCACUUGGUUUGUCAAGACAAGAGAGUUCAUUCCGCUGUAUCGAAACAGUGAUGAAUUGAAACAUGUUGGAGCAAGUUUUUUAAAAAAAAAUCAAAAUUAAACUGGUUUCUCUUAAAUAGCUUAAAGCUUUCUACAGUACAAAAUAAAUUUAGCAUUGUAAAAUGGAGUUAAUUCAAGUAAUCACUCAGUACCGAAGUCUAAGCAUGUAUGUAUCAUCAGUCUGGCGGUUCCAGGGCAUAAAUAAAUUCUCAGAGAGC